AUGGGCAUAUUUACUACUUCUUCUCCUUUUGACCAAGAUGUUGAGCGGGCGACGAGCGAGAACAACACCAGCGAGGAAUGGGGCCUGAUCAUGGAGAUCUGCGACCGCGCGGGCGCGUCGGCCGCGAGCGCGCGUGACUGCUUGCGAGCCGUGUUGCGGCGCCUGGCGCACGCCGACCCGCACGUGCAGGUGCACGCCGCCACGCUGCUCGACGCCUGCGUCGCCAACUGCGGUCGCGCCUUCCUGCUCGAGGUGGCGUCGCGCGACUUUGAGCUAGAGUUCCGGCGCCUACUGGCUCGCGCGCAGCCGCCCGUGGCGCAGCGCCUGCGCGCGAUGCUGCGCAAGUGGGCUGAGGGCGAGUUCCGCGACGACCCGCAGCUCGACCUCAUCCCCUCGCUGCACGCCAAGCUGGCGGCCGAGGCUGGCGAGCGCGCGCCCUCCGCAGCGGCCUCGCUGCUGGCGACCGGUGCGGCUGCAGUAGGCGGUGUCACCAGUGCCGCCGCCGCCACGCAGCGUGAGCAGGACGAGCUGGCGCGCGCCAUCGCGCUCUCGCUCCGCGAGGCGGGCCCCCCCGCCGGCACCGCCGCACCCACUGCCCUGUACCCGCGUGUCGACGCGGCCGACACGCCGGCUCCUCGCAAAGUGCGCGCCCUUUACGACUUUGAGGCGGCCGAAGACAACGAACUCACUUUCCUCGCGGGCGAAAUUGUUCACGUGACAGAUUCGAGUGACCCUAACUGGUGGAAAGGUUACAAUGAUCGCGGCGAGGGUCUGUUUCCGGCUAAUUUUGUCACUUCCGACCUCAGUGAACCGCGACCCGAGAGCGAGUCGCGUGGCGGCAAGAGCGUGCAGUUCGCGACGCGCGUGGAGGAGGUGGAGGGUGCGGCAGGUGCGGAGCUGGCCGAGGAGGAGGUGUGCAUCGACGAGGCGUGCAUGGACGCGGCGCUCGCGCUCCUGCACGAGGCUGACCCCACGGCGGGCGCGGGCGAGAACGAGGUUGCCUUAGCUCGGCUGGAGGCGCGCGUUCAUGCGAUGGGCCCGCUGGUGGACGCAGCGCUGGAGCGCGCCGACCGCCGCCACGCGCGUCUCACGCAGCUCAGCGCGGACCUGGUGGACGCGCUCAACCUCUACCACUCGCUCAUGCGCGAUCCGCCCAAGCAGCUCUACGCGCCGCCCUUCCCGCCGCCGAUGCUGCCGCCCGGCGUAGCGCCCGGAGUGCCGCCCGGCGUAGCGCCCGCCGCUCACGGUGUCAUGCCGCCGCACCAGCCGCACCAGCCCAGGUCUCACUAA